UAGACUCAGGCUGGUUGUGAAUGUAUAUAUAUAUCCCCACUCACAAGGCCUGCGUCCAUCACUUUCUCCAAAGGUCGGUCCGUUUCAACCUGCAAGUGUAACUAUCUGAUCAUGUCUCACUCAGGUGCUCAGGGCAGUAUUGGCAGCCACUCUGCCAUGGGGAUGCACAAUCACAAGAUAUACCUCUAUGAAUAUGAGAACUUCCAAGGCCGUAGGAUGGACCUGUUUGGAGAGUGCCGUAACCUGUGUGAGAAGGGUUUCGACAGAAUCGGCUCCAUCAGGGUGGAGUGUGGACCCUGGGUGGGUUACGAGCAGCAGAACAUGACUGGUGAGAUGUUCAUGCUGGAGAAGGGAGAGUAUCCCCGCUGGGACACCUGGUCCAACAGCUACAGGUGUGAUCGCUUCAUGUCGGUCAGACCCGUCCGAAUGGAUCCCCAAGACCACAAGAUUUGCCUAUAUGAGUGCCCAAACUUUGAGGGUCGUAAGAUGGAGGUUUGUGAUGAGGAUAUUCCAAGCCUGUGGUCUUACGGCUUCCAGGACCGUGUUGCCAGCCUUCAGGUCACCGGUGGAACCUGGGUGGGCUACCAGUACCCUGGCUACCGUGGCUACCAGUACGUGUUUGAAAUGGGCCCUUACAAGCACUGGAACGACUGGGGAGCCCACCACUCCCAGAUCCAGUCCAUCCGCAGGGUGAGAGACAUGCAGACACACCGCAGGGGCUGCUUUGAGAUGACCGCAUAGAGAGGAGUCCAGCAGACUGUGGGCUAACCGGAGGGAAUACCAUGGGGUUAAGGUUGCCAUGCUGCUAAACAUCCCUUGGAAAUUCUUCAACAGCCACUUAGCCGCACAAGCUAACGGCUUUUGAAUAUUGUUACUGCUUUUACUGGUAGGAUUUGGGAGUAUGUGGCAUCGUGAAUGAUCCUAAUGAGAAGUCCUGAUUGUCACCGACUUCCAGAGCAACUGUAUCACCUGUAAAAACGGUAGCAAUGCUCUCUGUCUACAGACCUCAUAGAAAGAUGAUAUGAUUUAUCAUAUUCAUGAAAGCGAGAUUAUAGGGGAUUAGCAGAUUAAAGUUGAUAGUUUGUGUUUAUUAGUUUGUUUCAAUGCUAUUACACCCCUUUUAUUUUAUUUUUAAUUACUCGCCUAUGUGUUUCAAGCUGAAAUGAUGCCAAUAAGCCUGUUCACCAAAGCGCUCUUCCUCUCCUGGGAUCCACAGAUUUUAGUGAGUAAAGGGAUAAACAAUCACAUCACUCACACAAUACUACCAUGGACAGCUCUCAGCUCUGCACAUGCCCUGCAGUAAGUUUGCCAAGCAGAGGGAGGCACUAUCUCCUCAUCACGGCUCCAAAAGCCUCCCUUCAGUGACUGGAGGAGGCUACUGGCCAGUCUGUGAUUAAAGAGAAAGGGGACUAUGCAGGGUUGUGUUUUGCAGAUGUGAAUAUCUUUUGGCUGUCCCUGUUUCAGCUCAUUGAUGGGGCUGUCCAGAAGAUUAGCUUUUUACACUUUCUCAGGGAUGCUGGCAUCUGGAAAGCAAAUUUCCAAAGAAAACAAUGAAAUAAAGAUAUUACAAAGCUCAAA